GCCACGGCAGUCCGGCCAGAGGCGAGAGGCGCUCUUCCUCCACAGCUUUCACACGCCGCCCGCAGCCUGCGCGCUCUCCAGUCUGGAGGCAUGGCCGCCUGAGCUGAGCUGAGGACGCCCUGCUGCUGCCGGAACUGCAGCGUUCCCACGCGCUGACGAACUUCCUUCCAGCCCCCCGCGCCCGUCUACGGCUGUGCCCGCGUGGCCAAAGCCACUGUCAAGGCGACGGCGAGCACAGAAAGGAACGGCGCAGCUGGCCAGCGCGGCAGGGCCGGGCGCGGCUUCCGGCUCGCUUUCUCUGGCCCCGCCAGCCCGUCUGGACGUGACGUGACGUGACGUGACGUGACGUCGGCCCCAAGCGCCGCAGUCGCUGCGCUCAUUCGGCCCCCGUCGGUGGAGGGCUGUAGGGCUGUUGCGUUCACCCACCGCCCGUCUCCGAGAGCGGCCGCCUCUCUCUCUCUCUCUCUUUCUCUCUCUCUCUCUCUCACCAGCCGUCUUACUCCGGCGUCUGCCGUGGCUCCGGCUGACCUCAACAGGUAGCGACGCUCAUGUUGGAUAAACGCACUGAGAAGAACAACCAAACGAAUGUGACGUGUUACGUACGUGAGAUUCAGUGGUUACUUGUAUGGGGUUUUAUAGCAGAAAAUGUCCGUCUGGACUGACGCUCGGAGCAAAAAUUCCUGGCCUCAUUAUUGGUAGUUUAAUUUUACUUUAACUAAUUUCAAACAACAGUAGUUGCCGUGAUGCGCCUCGAAAUCGGCAGGAGAACUUGAGCGACCAAGUUUUUCGAACGAGACCCUGUAGCCUGGUCUCAGCCUGCGCAGUAAUCCGUGCUACUUGGUGGUGAAGUACAUCGAGCAGUGUACUGAAGUCCUGCUGAGCUCAUUUGUGAGGUACCUCGACAGUGGUACAAGAAGUGUCGGAGCGUAGCUCCCGAGGAGGCGACAAUGGUGGCCAUCUCCGCAGCGAUCACAGGCGCCCUCAAGACGGCCGGCACCAUCGCGGGACUCAGCAAGUUCUGGUUCCUGCCGCUGUUUGUCACCGCCCUCGUCUACUACCACUACGACAUCUUCGACCCUGAGAACCAGCCUCAGAAUGUCAAGGCGCUGCGUCGCGAGUACGACUUCGUGGUGGUGGGCGCGGGCUCCGCCGGCUCCGUGAUGGGCGGCCGGCUGUCCGAAGUGGCCGGCUGGUCGGUACUGGUGCUCGAGGCGGGCACCUACGAGUCGGAGAUCACCGACGUGCCGCUGCUGUCGCUCUACCUGCACAAGAGCCGCUACGACUGGGGCUACCGCUCGCAGCCGCAGCCGUCCGCCUGCCAGGCCAUGGAGGACCAGCGCUGCGUCUGGACGCGCGGCAAGGUGCUGGGCGGCUCCAGCGUGCUGAACACGAUGCUGUACAUCCGCGGCAACCGGCGCGACUACGACACGUGGGCGCAGCUGGGCAACCCGGGCUGGAGCUACGACGAGGUGCUGCCCUACUUCCGGAAGUCGGAGGACCAGCGCAACCCCUACCUGGCGCGCAGCUCCCGCUACCACGCCACGGGCGGGCCGCUCACCGUGCAGGACGCGCCCUGGCACACUCCGCUCGGCAUCGCCCUCGUGCAGGCGGGCGUGGAGAUGGGCUACGAGCACCGCGACAUCAACGGCGAGCGCCAGACGGGCUUCGCGCUCUUCCAGUUCACGAUGCGGCGCGGCUACCGCUGCUCCGCUGCCAAGGCGUUCCUGCGGCCGGCGCGGCUGCGGCCCAACCUGCACGUGGCGCUGCACGCGCACGCCACCCGCCUCCUGCUGGACCCCGGCAGCCGGCGCGCCUACGGCGUCGAGUUCCUGCGCGACGGCGUCCGACACACCGUGCUCGCCAGGAAGGAGGUGAUCCUGGCGGCGGGCGCCAUCAACUCGCCGCAGCUGCUGAUGCUGUCGGGGAUCGGCCCCGCGGACCACCUGCGCUCGCUGGGCAUCCCCGUCGUGCAUCACUCGCCGGGCGUGGGCGAGAACCUCAUGGACCACAUCGCGGUGGGCGGGCUCGUCUUCCCCGUGGACUACCCCGUGUCCGUGGUGGUGGACCGCGUCAUGAACCUGAACGCGGCGCUGCGCUACGCCGUGCUCGGCCAGGGCCCGCUCACCUCCAGCGUAGGGCUCGAGGCGGUCGGCUUCGUCAGCACCAAGUUCGCCAACCGCUCGGACGACUGGCCCGACAUCGAGUUCAUGCUCGCCUCGAGCAGCACGCCGUCCGACGGCGGCACGCAGGCGCGCAAGGCGCACGGCAUCACGCAGCGCUUCUACGACGAGAUGUUCGGCGCCGUCACCGGCAAGGACAUGUACGGCGUCUUCCCCAUGAUCCUCAGGCCCAAGAGCCGCGGGCGCGUCCGGCUGGGCAGCGCCGACCCGCUGCGCCACCCGCUCAUGUUCCACAACUACCUGACGCACCCGCACGACGUGGCGGUGCUGCGCGAGGGCGUCAAGAUGGCGCUGGCGCUGGCCGAGACGGCGGCGCUGCGGCGCUUCGGCGCGCGCUUCCACCGCGUGCCCGUGCUCGGCUGCCGCCACCUGCCGCCCUUCACCGACGCCUACUGGGAGUGCGUGGUGCGCCAGUACACCAUGACCAUCUACCACAUGUCCGGCACGUGCAAGAUGGGGCCCGCCGCCGACCCGCUCGCCGUCGUCGACGCCCAGCUGCGCUUGCGCGGCGUCUCGGGGCUGCGCGUCGUCGACGCGUCCGUCUUCCCCACCAUCCCCAGCGGCAACAUCAACGCGCCCGUCAUCAUGGUCGCAGAGAAGGCCGCCGACCUCGUCAAGCAGGAGUGGCUGCCCAGGGGCAGGCGGGGCGCCAACCACACCGCGGCCGAAGAGCCGGUCACGUGAUCCACCGUUCCUCCGGGUCUCUCUCUUCCAUACAACGCUCUACCUCAGACGAAAGCGCGUCGUCGAACGGAACAUUCUUCCCGAAGGCCGACGUGGUCU